GCGAUUCGCCGCCAUGUCUCGAUCGCCACACAAGAGGUAACAUCGCUUGUCUACGCUGCAAGCCGUUGUCGCGUGUGCUCGAACGCGUGAUAAACGUUCAAAUUGACUGGGACUUGUUUUUUUUUAGCUACAGAAAAACGUGUUGGAUUAACAUCAUGAACCAUGGAGCGAUUGGCAAAAGUGACAUGCGAGCCUCCGGAAAAUGCGUCUGAUCUGCGCUGUCGGCCUCUCAGGUGAUGGCGGGCGAUGACGAGCUCCCGUCGCUAGACGACUGGGAGGACGCUGAGUGGGGGUUCCUGGUUCCUCCGCCCCCGCCGCCCCCCUCGCUCGGAUCGGCUGUGUGCUCGGCCGCCGAUUUCUACUGCCAGGUGGAAGGGGGCCCGAUGGGGGCCCACUUCAACCGGGCCUCCUUUCCAUCCCUGCCCAUCAUCGCCGUCUGUUCGUCCGUCGUACUUGUGGCCGUCCUGGUCGCUUCUUUCCUCCUCUGGCGGCACAAAACGAAAGUUCAGAAUCUGUUGCCUUGUAAAAAUGACCAGCAGGGUCACCUGGGAGACAUGGGCGCCGCCAACGGCGUCACUUACGAAGAUGUUCUGAUCAAUCAUCAUCCAACCAGGAUACCUCAGGGACACCUGGCCGCCAGUCAGACCCUCAUGCCCCUGGAGAUCCUUGAUGUUAAAUUAGGGGAUCUCAAUCCAUCUCAGAUAUCAGCUUUGCACCAUGCACCUUGCUAUGCACCUCGGGAUGGAGGACACAUAAUUAUGGGAGGAAAACCCUUUAACCCCGUCUACGAAGAAGUAUCUCAAGCUCCCUCUGGUGAUAUCACGAGUAAGGGCUACGAUACAGAUUUCAACGGAAGUGGGAAACUCGGCGGCCGGAGUCUGACCAGUGAGGAUGACUUCGCCGAGGACGAUUUUGCCGAGUAUCCGAGUGGUGAAGGCAGUGGCCAGUGUUCUGCAACAAGUAGUGUCCGUGGCUCCACUGGGGGCGAUCUGUGCAAAGACCCUGUGUCCAGUGAUGAGGGCACAGGGGAGGAUUGUGAUUACAUGAUGAACAACAUGCCAGAAAUGUUGCCCGGUGACAAUUCGUUCGGUUAUCCGCGGCAGCCCAUGCAUCCUCCAGAUAUCAACAGCAAGCAGCACAGAAGGAAUCCCAUGCAGCCACCUCACCAGCAUAAUACAACGACAUAUCCAGAAAGGACUGCUAAUGUUCUGCCACCGGCGCAAAGAAUUACAGACACUGCACCCAGCCAUAAGUUACAUUCCAAACCACUGACAGACAACAAAAGGCAUAUGUCUCCCACUCAUGUACCAUCGCCACGCGUCCUCCCGAUGAGUCCGGCACCGACUAACCCCCAGUGGCUGACCAAACAUGGACAGCGGGACGACCGAACAAACUUUCCUACUAGCGCUUCUCAAGAGAACAUUUAUUCUACUAUAGAUGAGGAUGAGUUGGUUGAUUAUCCAGCCCAACCUCCUUUACCUAGUCUUGCUUGCUCUCAACGUGGGAGUCCACCUUGUAAGCCUGGCGGCGGCAUGCCGAAGAGCGUGCCGGGCCAGGGAAGCAGAGCCAUCCCACCGCUAAGUCAACGCAAUACAGAAGAAAGUGGUAGUUCAUAUGGGGACAUCAUGCCGGCCUUUCAUUCUGCUUCAUUUAUGUGAUGUGCAUCUUGGGUUGGCUUGCUGUCUUUGCGAGCAAUUAUAAACACUUGAGCCAAUGCCAGGACCACCUGUGAUAAACAACUGCAAAUCAAUUUACUAUUUGAUCGUACCAGUACAGAGUCUCUUUUUAUCAAAAGACAGUUUACCUUCCAUGUGUUUGAAUGGCCAUCACAUGUAAAAGUUAAUUUUCUAUUUCGAUUAUCUGCAGUUAGUUUAAAUGUCUGAUUAAAAUGUGACCAGAUUGGAUACAAGGACCAUGAUGAUUGUCAUUGUAAAGUAUGUCUUUUUCUAUUACUGAAUGUUGACGAAACAAUGAUAGAAAUAAAAUAAGCAAUUUUUUUUGUAACUAGACAAAUCAACAA